UGGUAUGCAAGAGAAAGCUGGAGAGUAAGAAGGAGGCACUGCUGAUCUUAUCAAAAGAACUGGACACCUGCCAGCAGGAAAGGGAUCAGUUUAAACUGAUGGUAAACCAGCUCCGUGAACGCCACCAGGGGCUCAAGAAAAAGUACAGAGAGCUUAUAGAUGGGGACCCUUCUCUGCCUCCUGAAAAAAGAAACCAAGUCAAUCUGGCCCAGUUACUGAGAGACUCACGAGAACAGAACAAACAGCUGGGUGAGGAGAUAAAAGAACUGAAGCAAUGUUUAGCGGAGGUGCAGGGUGAUAACAAGCUGCUGAGGAUGACCAUCGCAAAGCAGCAUCUAGGGGAUGAAGAGGUGGGAACUCGUCACUUUCCAGCUCAUGAGAGAGAAGAUCUUGUUCAGCAGUUAGAAAGAGCUCGAGAACAGAAUGAAGCACUGGAACAAAGCUUAAAGGCAGCCACGGAUGAAUUACAGGAUGUGAGAGCAGAGCGUAAUGUCUAUCAGGAGAAAGCUCACAGACUAAACCUGGAAAUUAACCACAUCUUGGGAAGCCACGAGAACCGCAUCCUGGAUAUAGAUGCUCUGUGUAUGGAGAACAGAUAUCUGCAUGAGCGGCUUAUGCAGCUUCAGGAGGAGGUCAGCCUCCUCAAAUCAAACGUUAUGAAGUACGAGAGUGCUUUGGAAAGCAAGAAGAACUGCAAAGUCUAUGGCAAGUCCAACAGCAGUGCUCUGACAGGUGUCCUCUCUGCUAAACAAGUACAAGAGCUGUUGCUGUCUGAAGAGAAUGGCUGCAGUCUCCCGGUCACUUCACAGUCCAUUAGUGACCUGAAGUCCCUGGCCACUGCUCUGCUGGAGACCAUUCAUGAGAAGAACAUGGUCAUUCAGCAUCAACGGCAAACCAACAAGAUCCUGGGUAACCGGGUUGCAGAACUGGAAAGAAAGUUGAAAACAUUAGAGGUGUCUGGGUUGUGGAGUCUGCCAAGCAUCACCUACAAUGUGUCUCUCGGACUACGGAGAAGGAAAGCCGUUAUUGUCCUAAGUGACUCUCAGCAUGUCCAGUCCAGCGCAGAACAGUCAGUCCAUCUGACACCAGAGUCAGUGGCAGGAGAUGAAGAGAUUGUUACUGGAGAAGAGGUGACAGAGGACACUGGACUCAGUAUAGAUUUCAGCCAAGAUGACUGUCAAGCCGUGGCAGUCGAGUUGAGCCAAAGGGGUGAUUAUUUCAGUCGCACAUAUUCAGUCUCACAAACUCCACAGUUCACUAAUCCAGCAGAAAGUAUCCAGCCUGUAGAGACCACACAGUGUGAAACCCUUGCUUGUUGUGACUCUGAGACGCCUGUGUGUCCUCCUGAGAGGGGAUCAGAACAACAUAAUGAAGAUCUCACAAGCCGUGGAUGUCAGUCUUUGAACACAAAAGUAUCUUUGAAAGGUUCAGAAGAAGAGGCUGCGGAGAAUGAUGUUCCUGUUGUUCAUUCUGAGGAGGACUUUGAUAGUCACGGUGAAUUAGAGGACAGUCGGCCUGUGGCAGCAGAGACCUUUGGCAGUUUUGACUGUGUUUCUGAAUCUGAGUCUUGUACAUCGGAACAGCAAACAGAGCGAUCGGUCGAAGAAGAAACCGAGCAUGCUUCACUAAACACAAGUUCUCCUGCUCAAACAUCAUCACACCAGGAAUGAACGUCAUUUUUCACAAAAUUAAGAACUGUGAGAGAAAUGCAUAAAAACAACCUCCAUUCAUUCAAAGCCUCAUCACUUAAAAGAAGCGUUCUGAUUCAGAACUGUAUGAAAAAGACGUUGGCAAAAGAAUAAAAACAAGAACCUUUGAAUGCCUAAAUGUGAAUCUCGAGUGAAACCUUAGAUGUAACGCCACUAUGAUGACACUAUACCAGCAUGUUUAUUUUAUCAUUUCAAAGACACUCUUUAUGUAUUUUGACUAUUUAUAAACAUCUUUGUAAUUGUUUCUGAUGUAUUGUGUGGCUAAAACAUGACAGUUUCUUUUUCACUUCUAAUUUUCAGUUUACCCUUCUUGUUAUUUUUCAUUGAGUAGAAUACAACAUGCAAUUUCUGUUCCACUUGCAAGAGGUAAAGGUUCUUUUUUUU